CCGCAAGUCCCCGCAUCAAAACCUUCAAAAUUGCUCCUCCCGCAUAUUCACGCAAGAGACGUGAAAUUCACAAGCAAGGACUUCGCUCAAGAGAAGCUACUCCCGUAUACUACAAACCUUCAAAGAUGUCAUCGCCAUCUCGACCGGAAUUUGGCCUUCUUGAUCUAGAAGGAAAGGAAUACCACCGCUGGGUUUCCGACAUGGAACUCGCUUUCGAGAGCCGAGGGAUUGAAGGCAUGUUUGCCGACCCUCCUGCUGAUUUCCCACCCAUGGCUAAGACUCAGACUCUCAUCUUCAUGAGACGUCACAUCCAUGCAACUCUUAAGAGGCAAUACUUGAACGUAAAAGAUCCUAAAGAAUUAUGGGACAAACUACGCUUGCGGUACAACAACGUUCAUGAUAAGCUUCUUCCUGAAUUGACCGUUAGAUGGGAUAACAUCCGUCUAUUGGACUAUAAGAGAGUGGAUGAUUUCAAUCAGGAUAUGCUAUGCUUGCAAUCCGAUCUUGGCACCGUUGGUGUCAUCAAGACCGACCUAGAUCUUCUCAAUAAGACAUUGGACACGUUUCCAAUCAACUAUGAGGUUCAAGCUCAUACGUACCGCACUCAUGUAGAGGAAGGGAAGAUCCGGUCUUUUGCCGACUUAAUGGCACUCUUGGCUAAGAAGGAGAGACAUUUUGAAAUUCUCCUCAACAACAACAAUAGACCUGUUGGCACUAAAAGAAUUUCUACGCCACAGUCUAACUAUGGGAAAGCUCCUAAACAAAAGAAUCAAUCAAGGAACGCUCCAUAUCAGCACCAAAAUAACAACUCUCGUGGUGGGAGGCAACAAGGCCGAUCUCGGCCUCGGUCCAAUACUUGGACCCGUGAUGAUGAACGAGAUCGUGCGCUAUAA